GUAGAAUUCCAAUUGGAAGAAGACAAAAAGAACCAAGAACGACUCACUGAACUCAUCGACAAACUGCAGGCCAAGCUCAAAGUUUUCAAGAGACAGGUUGAAGAAGCAGAAGAAGUCGCCGCCACCAAUCUUGGAAAAUACCGCCAACUACAGGCUCAACUUGAUGACGCUGAGGAACGUGCAGAUGUUGCCGAGAACGCGCUGAGCAAAAUGCGCAACAAGGUGGGUAUAGACCCCCGCUUAAUUUCAUAUUCUACCAAGGGUCACAAAACUAAAUCACUCUAUCACUCUGCAUUCUUUCAGAUUCGCGCUUCCGCCUCAAUGGUGGUAACCUCUGGACCUGGUGGAUUGGCGCAGUCCUCUAGCUCAGCCGUCCUCCGAAGCAGCUCGUUUGCCAGAGGUGGCAGAGGAAGCGAAGAAUUCUAA